AUGGAUAACAUGCAUCUUUUCGUGUGGGAAAACCAUCAAGUAAAUGGAGAGAAGCCUCCACCACAAAUGUGUCCAAGGUGUUACUCACACAACACCAGGUUCUGUUACUACAACAACUAUAGCUUGGAUCAACCUCGCUACACCUGCAAGAAUUGUCGUCGAUUAUGGACUCAUAGUGGGACUAUAAGGAACAUACCGGUUGGUGGCAGUGGCCGUAAAUCCAAGCGUCCAAGGACAGAUCAACCAUCUGUUGCUCAAGUGGUUCCUGUUGAGAGUCAACAGGUUAAUCAUCAGCAGUCUAUCUUACAUGAUCAAGAAACCAACGAUUUUCUUGGAUCUAUUGGUUCUUCUUCUUCUGUUGCUGUUGUUGAGAACCAAUUCACUUCUUUGGUUGAGACUUAUAGUGAUAUGGUGUUCCCAGUUCGAAGUCUUCCACAAAUGGAUCGCACAGAAUCCAGUGAUGGGUCGUAUACCCAAGGUUUUUACCAUGUUGGUAAUCAAGAGGAUCCAAACAAGCCAAGACAGAGCUUCAACGACACCAUGACCAUGAAUCAUAAUGCCAGCACUAGUGGAAGCCGAGGAUAG